CCGCCCCCACUCAACUGCCAACUUCCUGCUCACGCCCAAAUGGCGCAGGUUAGCAGUGGGACCGAGAUCUCAACCGCCAUUUCAUCGUCUCCUUUCUCCUCUAAUUGCGAAAUUAGGGUUUCGAGCUCAACUCAACAAUUAAACCCCCACAAAAUUCUCCCUUAAUCCUCCUCCUCCUCUCUCUCUAAUGGGGAACACAUCGUCGAUGCUCACUCAGUACGACAUCGAAGAGGUCCAGGAGCACUGCAACCACGCUUUCUCGCAGCAGGAGAUCGUGUCGCUCUACCACCGAUUCUGCCAGCUGGACCGCAGUGGCGGCGGAUUCGUAUCUUCUGAUGAGUUCUUGUCGGUGCCGGAGUUUGCUGUCAAUCCUCUCUCGCAGAGAUUACUGAGGAUGCUUGAUGGCCUAAACUUUAAGGAAUUUGUUGCGUUCUUGUCUGCAUUCAGUUCCCGCACGAGUCUGCAGCAGAAAAUUGAAUUUAUAUUUAAAGUCUAUGAUUUGGACUGCAAGGGGAAAGUUGCCUUCAACGAUAUGUUGAGUGUCUUGCGCGACCUGACUGGAUCUUUUAUGACUGAACAACAGAGGCAGAAAGUUCUGACUCAUGUCCUAGAAGAAGCUGGCUAUACAAAGGAUUCUUCACUUGCUUUAUCAGAUUUCAUGAAGAUUCUUGGCAACUCUGAAUUGAAGAUGGAUGUCGAAGUUCCAAUUGAUUAGUGGAGCAUUUAAGGUUUCUGAUAUUUUAUCAGUUGUGUCACUUGGAUGUAUGAUGGAUCAAAUGCCACCGUUAUCAUUUAGAUUGUGUGAUGUAGCAGAUAUGACCAAUAUCUUGUAUUAUGACUUGCACGAUUUGGCAUUCUGAAUUGAGUUCUCUGGAGUCUUUUUCUUGCCUGGCAAAACCUUUUGCCGUUUUAUUCAGGAAAUCACUAAGUUUUAUUCCGGGAAGGAGCUAUUUUUUAGAGGGCAGAUGAUAAAUUUUGUUGGAUUCUACAA